AACACUGAGAGUGUCUAGAACAACUCAAAUCUAAAUUAAAAAAAUUAUUAGCGUAAAAAAAAUAUUACGAUGACAGGAGAAACAAAUGGCACUCAUGCUUCAGUACCAAAGUGGAUUGAAGCUAAACUUUUUGAAAAUGUCUUAGAAAAAAAUAUUGAAAACUAUCAAAAAAUUAAGGAAUUUAUUGUUAAACCUGGCAUGGCAGCGGGAGAAAAUUAUGCCACAGUUAUGUUGAAAGUGGAAAUUGAAGUUGAAUUGAAAAAUUUGUCUACAAAAGCUGUAAGUUUUAUGUUAAAAGUGAAUCAUGACAAUGAACAAAUACGUGAAAUGAUGAAAGGUCACGACAUAUUUGAUAUUGAGAAGUGCAUGUAUGAGGAAAUUGUUCCAGCAUUUGAGAAACUAUAUGCUGAUGUUGGAAUAGAAGUGAAUUUUGGUGCCAAAUCCUAUGAUCUACCCAGUAAAGAACAGUAUAUUUUAUUGGAAAAUUUAUGUACGCGUGGUUUUAAAAAUGCUAAUCGUCUGGAGGGUCUUGAUAUGGAUCAUACAAAAUGUGUUUUAAAAAAGUUGGCCCAAUGGCAUGCGGCUUCAGCAGUACUUGUUGAAACUAAGGGACCAUUUGAGCAGAAAUAUAUAGAAGGUUAUUUUCAAGAAGAAGGCAAAGAUGUUAUGAAGGCUAUGUUUGAGGGCAUGGGACAAAUUUUCAAUAGUUGUGCUAAAAACUACAGCAACUAUAAUGAGUAUGCAGAUGAUCUUAUCUCUACCAACACCACAAUGAUUGAUGCAUUCUACAAAGCGGCAAAACCUAAUCCAAACGAAUUUAAUGUUCUUAAUCAUGGCGAUUGCUGGUCGAAUAAUGUCAUGUUUCAGUAUGAUGCCUUCGGUAAAAUCAAGGAAACAUAUUUAAUUGAUUUCCAAAUGUCUAAAUAUGGUUCACCUGCUCAAGAUUUAUUCUAUUUUCUGCUAUCGUCGACAAAAUAUGAAAUCAAAAUAAAACAAUUCGAUUACUUUAUCAAAUUCUAUCAUGAUCAGCUGGUGGAGAAUCUUAAAUUGUUGAAUUACACCAAAAAAAUUCCCUCAUUAACGGAAUUACAUACAAUGAUGUACAAAUAUGGCAUUUGGGGCUUUUCUACAGUUACUGGUGUUAUGGCAGCUGUACUUUUAGAACCAACAGAUACUGCCAAUUUGGAGAAUUUCAUUGGUGAUUCGGAUGCAGGUUUGGCUUUUAAGAAAUUGAUGUAUUCCAACGAUCGUUAUCGCAAACAUGUGGAAGCGUUGUUGCCUUGGUUGAAAAAUCGCGGAGCUAUGUGUUUUUAAGGACUCGUUGCUAUAUAAUGUAAGAAGCAUUCAUACAGGAAAUUGUUCAAAAACUAUAGGAUUUGUUUGUCUUCAAUACAAGUUUCGUAGAAAAGUAUUUUUGUUGGCAUACAGAAAUAAGCGCUAUGUUUAAUAAUAAGUAUAAAAUUUAUUUUUUUUAUUUUCGUUGAUAAUCUUUCAGACUUUUAUCAAUCGAUAGUGAUUAUUAUUAUUAUGUAAUUUGUUAUUUAUUUUUUAUAUUUGUAUUUUCCGCCUUAUCAUACAUAUUGUAGCAUUAAAUAUAGUUAAAAUUAUAAGAGUGUAAAUAAACAA